AGCAUGACUGUUCACAUGGUAUUUUAUUUACCUUUAUAGUUUAUAUUUACAGUAAGAGUACCUACGUAAAUUAAACAUUCUUUGAUUACCAACACCAAUGUUGAUGUUUGAUCGCAAUAAAAUACUCUGUGUUGAUUACGAUACUAAAGUGUACAUAGUACAUAGUAAAAAAUAAAUUAUAUUGUGUUGUUUAUAUGGUUUUAUUACUUUUUGGGCCUAGUUUGAGAACAUAGUUAAUUACUUAAGUGAAUCUAAAAGUUAACACAGAAAGUCAAUAAAAAUGUCUGUUACAUUACACACAGAUGUUGGUGAUAUGAAAAUAGAGCUAUUUUGUGAGCAGUGCCCCAAAGCAUGUGAAAAUUUUUUAGCUCUGUGUGCUAGUGAUUAUUACAAUGGAUGUCAAUUUCAUAGGAACAUAAAGGGUUUUAUUGUUCAAACUGGAGACCCAACAGGUACAGGCAAAGGUGGCACAUCAAUUUGGGGAAGAAAAUUUGAAGAUGAAUUUAAAGAGGACCUCAAACACAAUGCAAGAGGAAUUGUUAGCAUGGCAAACAAUGGACCAAAUACAAAUGGAAGCCAGUUUUUCUUUACAUAUGGAGAACAACCACACUUGGAUUUAAAAUACACCAUUUUUGGAAGGUUAAUUGAUGGAUUUGAAGCUCUUGAUGAUCUAGAAAAAAUGACAGUUAAUCCAAAAACAUUUAAACCUUUAACAGAGGUUUUAAUAACAUCAGUCACAAUACAUGCCAAUCCUUUGGCAGGAUAAUUUAUAAUAAAUUGUAACUAUAGAAAU